AUGCACGGCGUUGAUGCAGAAUUAUCUCCGUCGCUCUCAAGUCGAAGCGAGGAUAAAUUUUUUGUGGUUGUUAGUGUAUUAUUACCUAUAGUCGCUCAAACAGCUUAUAUAUUUGAUGUAUUCUACUACCAUUUAAAUUCAAAACAAGAUAAUGGAUAUGAAGGUCUACUUUCAUCGGUUCUAAGCGUUUUUGCGUAUCUGCAAUAUUGUGUACCUAUUCGGUCGCGUUGUACUCGAUUUUUCUAUCAUUUAUUCCUUUGGAUCUUAUCGGAAAUCGGUACAUUAGGUCAUUUAAUAUUAUGCGACAGGCGUCGGAUAUCUUCUAUGAUUUUAUAUUCUUUAUCUGGAUUAGUAGAUUCGAUUUAUUGUGGAUGUUUAAUUUAUUGUCGAGUAUUUUCAAAAGAUCGCUAUGUUCGUGUUCAUAUGGCCAUUGAACAACGGCAUUUAUUUCGUUUUAUAUCACGUUUAGAGGUUAUUCUUGCAAUAUUUAUACCCAUCUUUUUUGAUACCCGUUUUAUAACAUUAACAAGAGACAACAUAGCUUUUUACAUAUUAUUUGAUUUUUUUGCUGAAUAUUAUCAUCGGUUUCAUGGACUGAGAGUCAAAGCCGUUUUGUAUGUAUUUGUCGGCACAGUAACAGCAUCUGUGACAUUAGAAUGGAUACAUCUUGUAAAACAUGAUAAAAACUAUGAAAUAGCUUCAUCAUUAUGUGAACUUCUAGCUUCUUGUCUCUGUUAUUCAUUAAUUAUAAUGCAAUUCUUUCCAAAUAAUUUUAUUUCACGUAAAAAAUUGGCCAAACAUAGACGUAGACAAACUGUAUCAUCAAUAGCAUCGCAACAAACAUAUCAUAGUCGUCAUAGUUUUGAUUCGACAGUCGAAAAACAUAUAUGUUACUUUUAA